AUGGUGGUGGCGGCAGCGUGCUCGCCAGAGACAGUUGUGAGUGGUAUGCGUGGCCCCAGCUCUUCGCUUGCGAAACGCGUUUUUUGCGAUGCCUCUUCUUCUUCACCUGCUGUUGUCACCACUACUGCGGUGGGUGGUGCUGCGGCUAGCGCUGUUGAUUAUGCCAGCAGCUGUAAACGGCCCCCGCUUCGACCGUCAGAUGCGCUGUCAAGCAACAACAACAGCGCUGUUAAUGACAAUGAAGAGAUGAUGGGGACGGCUAUGGAUGAAAAAACUUCGCUACCCGCAGAAGACGAUGACGAUGUUGACGAUGGGGGUGAUGAGACAGACGAGCAGCGUUUCUUUCGGCAGCACGAGAAUCUCUCAUCGAGUGAAUGGCGUCCGUGGUUCGAGCAGUUUUGCACGAUGCUGGUGGAGAGCAGCGACCAUGUGUGCGUUAGCAGCUGCUCCCCGCUGGUGCGGCGACACUUCACAAUCUUCUCUUCGGAGCUUCUACCCAUCGCUUUCCUUUCACACCUUACCAAAUGCGAUGACAAGACGGUGCGACGGUGGAUGCAGCUGCUGUGUGACUUCGUGCGCAUGCACAACCGCGUGCCGCAGAUCAUCGCCGCUGAACUGGCACGGCUGGCGCAUCACAUCCGCUUAUAUAGCCCGUCGCUCUUCUCACUCUCGCUUCUGCAGGCUAUCGAGGACGAAUACAUCACUCUGGAGCUUGUGACAGUGCUCGCCGAACGCGCCCUUAACACACCGCUGAUGUUGUUAUACCUUGAGCAACAGCUACUUUGCACUUUCACGUGGGAGGCGCUCGCACGAGUUGUGGUGGCUCUGGAAGAUGUCAAUUACUUUAAUGACCCGCGAUUCUUGUCGCACCACCCACUCGUUCGCCGAGCUGCACACCGCAUGUGUCAGGCGAGCACGCCAGGGAUGCGCCGAGAGAGCACUAGUAGCACUAAGAAUGCUAACAGCAUCACCAACAACACUGGCGUCGAGGGAGCUAACGCGACAGGUGAACCUGAUUUUAUCGCCGGACCGGCGACGCGAGCGGCGGCGUGUGACGAGUUGCUUCCGUGGGAGGUGCAGCGAGGCAAUGAUGACAGGGGUGAUAACAACAACAACAACAGCAUAAGUGCCAGUCAUCAUAGUAGUAGCAGUAGCUACGCACUUCUUGCAGCACAGGGUACGGUGCCUUCCGGUGGGGGAGAAUACCGAUGGCGGCCGGCGCUGCUAGAGUCGUGCUGGUUUGAGGCCGCAUCGCGAGAGUACCUUCACUCCAUCCGGGCGACACUGCACGGCCCCUCUGGCGACCCACACGGGGCAUCUCUCACAUGGACGAAGCAACCCCUCUUGUCGCCCAGCAGUGUGGUUGGCGCCAUGCGCUGCUAUAUGCGUGUGUACGACUUUGAGAGCAUUCUGAACUUGUGGAUGGCGAUUAAAGACGCCCAGUUUGUCAAUGAGGAGACCGCGACCCCGUCGGUGGGUGAGGAAGGGUGUGAGCAACAGCUGCAGCGCAUCUUGCUGGGGACGGCAUGGGCACCAUCAACAGGACCCAUGUUCUCCCACAUUACGCGGUACGUGGUGUCGGCGGCGAAGGCUCUUUCCCGUUGGAACAUUGUGGAUGAGAUUAAUUUUGAACAUGUCCUCCCCACGGACCGCAGCACGGGCGAAUGCCACCUCCGCAAUCACAGGGACUUUCCGUUUUAUAAUCAGGUAGAGAUCUUCCGCGCCGCCGCUUUGACGGCGUCAAAGGAAUACGGGAAGGCCAAAGAGGUGCUGGCGGACUUGCGGACGGCAUUGAAGGACGCAUACGCCGUUUUCCAUACGGAGAACACACGCCUAAAGUUUGAGCUUAGCAUUAUGUUCCAGCAGAUCUCUGACCUUGAGGAAGGCAUAGACGCCAUUGAGUUGAAAUGGGCGAUGGGCACCGGUAUGAGCGAAGCGGGUGCUACUUCUUCCUCUUCUGGUGGUGGUGGUCUUGGUGGUGGCGCUGUUGUUGGUACUGCAGCCAACCCGGCUGCUGGGGGUGUGUUGCCGUCUGCAGAAGGUGGAAAAGGUGAAGGCGGGGUACAAGCAACAUCGGUAGCUGGGGGACGAGACGGCGCAGAAGCCCAUCAAGGUAAUCGUAGCAGGGGGGCUGCGUACACCGAGGCGACGCGGCGCCGGCUACAGAACAUCGCUGGCCGGCCGCUUCCCGCUCAUAGCACGGCACUCCAGCGGUUUGAAACCAUCGCCCUCCGCAGUGCCCUUGUCUCACCGGAUUGGCAGCUGCAAAACAUAUUGGUGGUGUGCGAGCAGAUCGCUCAGGAAGGUAUGCCGAGGAGGGCGGUGCGGACGAUAGAUCAUUUCUUCUCCCUUCCCAUUGACAGCAGCGACCUUCGGGCCGAUCGACAAUACCGUGACACACUGCUGCUCGAGAAGUACCGCCUGGAGCUGCAGCAUUUGCAUCGUACCUGUGAGCUAGCACGGCUACAGAGUGAAAUUACAGAGGAGCUGAUGCAGAAGUGUAAAAAUUACAUGACGGGCGAGCCAGGUUUGAUUCAUAUGGGAGAGGCUGGAGAGGUAUCGUUUGCUGGAUUCGUGGGUACAGGACCUAUCAGCGAGCAGCAUGCCGAGCUGUUGUUGCUGCAUGUUGAAUGUGAGCGUAAGCUCAGUUGCAUCCACCAGCGACGACGAAAACUUUCAGCAGCACCGCAACCCAUCCUGGUGCCGUAUCUAGAUGCUUGUAGCGGGACUCCAAGCCAAGGUGUAGCUGCUGGGCGUGAACCGUUCCGUUCACCAUCAUCGUCGUCAACAGCAGCAGCAGCAAGCGGAGCUAUCGCACACAACAUCGAGGAAGAGGAAAGGCCAGCGGAUGUGCUGCUGCGCGAGUACCGUCUGAUGGAGCACAUUAUUGGUUCUUCCAGCAUAAUUGCAUCAAUUUGGCGCGAGUUCGGUCUGUUAUUGUUUGACGUCUGCAUGGCGAUCUACGCAGAGUGGGACUCCACAAGGGAACCCGAGACGUUGAAUAACUUUUGUGUGCAGUCCGAGAAAGCCAUCAGUGCGCUGCAGAAGUCGGUGCAGUUUUGGAGCAGUGCCGCCUUCACUUCUAUCACAGGCAUCGGCCCUUUCAGCAGCACUGUCUCACGACGCCUGCGCCACACCCGCUCCGCACUUCCAGCUGUGCAUCUUCUUCUUAAGUCGCUGCAUCUUGCACUGAAGUUGGAGGAGAUUGACACUGACGGCGCGUCUAAAGAUCAGAGCGAGGGCAGCGGGCGUCGGACAAUAACAGGGCACAACGAGGAGUGGGGCCGAGGUGCCGGAUUCGCGCAGCUUGACUUCUCCCCCGCAAUGUACGUUCACUGGGGGGGCAUUCUGCCGCUUCUCGUGAAUGCCGCUGCUCGCCACAUCAAACUACACGACGCAGUGAGAGAGAUGUGCGUGCAGUCGCGAGCUAUGCUGUAUCAGUGCGUCUUUCACCUCGUCUCUACCUUUGAGCACCGCUAUGGCUCUGCACUUGAGCACGAUGCGGGAUUUCAGGGUCAGAAGCUCCACCGCGAGGAGAGUUACCCGGGCGAUCCACACUCACUCUCCUCCGGACCAGUGCUUGUUGCAGCAUCGAGCGCAUUGGCUCCAGUUGAGGAACUGCCGGGCGACGAGGUGACGAGGCGGGCAGGGUCGCGUCACCAUACCACUGUGGCUGCGCCUACUGUUGUGGCUACUUCCGCUGGCAGUACUUCGCCAGCUCAAGGGGGCCCCGAACGUCGCCAGACCAUAGAGGGGAUGCAGAGACCGAAAGACGCAUCACGACAGUGGCGCUCGUCCAUGCUCACUAACCUCGCAGAGAUUGAUGCAGAGUACAAGGCGAUAGUCUGCCAAACGAUGCAGCUCUGCGAGUUUGUACGUAGUGGUACAGAGGCGUCUCUCACACUUGGAAUGUGUGCCUUGCCUGCACCUACCUGGUUCCUGCAGCGCCAUAUUGUGGCGAUCGAUGGGGAUGAGGCACAGCAGCAAAAAUCCAAGGCCUCUAAAACAAAUAACUCAGCUACUGCUACUGACAGCACCAAGUGGUCCGAACAGGACCACGAGGCCAGAACCACGUGCAACGAGCUGCAGCGCGUUCUACAUGUGCGACGUCAACUUAACCCAACAUCUCCGCAUUACUGUCGCGAGGAAGUUUUUCUGUUCUUCCUCUCAGAUGGCUCAGUACUACGUUUUCAUAGUAUCGAGAUGCAGGAGAAUACGACCACACGUGUUGUAGCGCCGUCUCCGCGUACUGGGGAGAAUCGUGAGUUAUACCGAAGGUCAAGUGAAGCUUUUACAGCGCCUACUCCUGUCCCUGCUCCCACGGCUGUCCAUAUGACCUCCUUCACUACUGCUAGGAUAAAUGAUGUCACGCCGUGUGGCGAAGCAUCAAAUACGUCCCUCGCUGCUGCAGGUGGGGAUAAGACAGCUUUUCACACAGAAUUGCCAGACACUAUGCCGUACAUUCGCCCAUUGGCAGCGAUGGAAAGUUCUGUCUGCUAUUUGCUGGCCCAUCUUCCCCUGCAGUUCACGCGGAGACCUCUGGUACUGCCGAUUACUGUGCAGACAUUCAUCACGCAGUUGCCAGACCUUCCCACACACUCCUCCUCAUGGCAGGUGACACUGCCGCCAUCGCUGCAGUUCAACUACACGGCAUCCAUGUGGCGGCAGCCAUCUUCCAUUUUCCAUAUUCUGUCCGAUUUCCGUUUGCGCUACCGGGAGGAGGGUAACACAGCUCCACAAUGGCAUCAGCAGCCGCAGAAACAACAACGUAUGACUACAGACCCGCAUGACAUCACCUUCAUGCAUGCCGCGUCGUCCCAAACUGUACUCUCGGGGAGAGAGCUAGACACUGUCAAUGUGGCGAGUGCUUCACGCUCUCAACGCAUCCGACGAAGGCUUACCGAGAAGUAUGAACGUUUGCUGGAGUUUGCAUUUGACCACGGUCAGACUCGGCCACUUUGCGCUUUCUUACACCAGGUCACGCUUAGCAAAAAACUCUCUGAGGUGGAUUACCCGCGACCGUCCUCGCAGCUGCAGGCGCUUCAGACGGAAAUAGAGGAGGUGCUGAAGCGCUGCCAACGACCUGCGGAGGAGACUCAUGCGGCACCCGAAAGAGGCGGAAGGAAACGUGCGACAACGACGUCCACACCUGACGGGGAGAAUGAAGAGGGCUUUCUGAACGAGGAACACAGCCCCAUCUCGGCUCAGCCACGCAAGAGACGAUAUGAUGCGUCGCCGCAGCAGCUGCAGGAGUCGCUCCUGACAUCGCUGCGUCUCGUCAUUCUCAAGUCGGAGGCACCACGCUACGCCACCGCGUUACAACUUGCCUUUCGAGGAGCAUCUGCGGAUGCCGCUAACUGGCUAGAGGCAGUGCACCUCUACACUCACGAACUGGCGGAGUGGAGCAUGCUGCAAUACCUAUUCGACACCAUCCGCCGCGAGGCAACCACCUUCUUCGUCGAUGUCAACUCCGGCCACGUUGCGUCGCAUCAUCUCGGCGUGAACGCUUUGCAGCCGCUACCGUAUAGCGCGAGGGCGCGUCGUAUGUCCAGCUCGUCUGUGGGCGGUUGUGGCGCUGUGAGCGAUGAGCCGCCGGAAAAAACGAUGUCGGUCGGCCCACCGUUUCCCUGCACUGACCCAACUGCAUUCCGUCUUACAGGGUGCUUGGUAUCUCCACUGCCUCUGGGGUGUCCAUACGGUGUGUUUCUCGGCAGCGCAACGCAGUGUUUGUACUCCGUACUGCUCUACCGCCGCGAUGUUGCUGGCAUCGUGAAGUUUGGUCUGGAAGACAUGACUUGCUUUGCCUGGCGCGCAGUCACGCCACCCCAUCAAUCACCUUUAGACGGACUUGAUGCCGAGUCCGCGCUAAAGAGUGGAAGUGUGACGAUUCUGCCGGAUAGUUCAAACCGUGAGGUGUCCCGACUCACAGCAGCAGCCACGGGAUCAGCAGGGGGUGGAAGCGUCUUGCUGCACCCUUUCGAAGUGUCAGCUACAGCAUGUGCCAUGACGACGCCUCUUGGAGAGGCACCGGCCACUCCCGCUGCGGAUGGCGCAGCACGGACAAGUGAGUCACCGUGUGCUCUAAUGGAUCGCAGUGGCGUUUCGAGUCCGCUGAGGUCGGCACAAAAUGCCGUCGCCGUUCCGAAUUGCGCCGGUACAUCCGAGUCGAUGGAGCAUUCACCGAAACCAGAGAGGGCAGAUGGCGAAGGACGACUACAGAGUGCCUCUGCUUUGGCUGCUGCUGCUGCUGCUCCUGCAGAGGCAACCAGCUCGAUGCGGAGGAUGUCAUUCUCCGCUGUGAACACUGCAGCGUUUGACACAUGGGGGAAACGCAUGAAUCCUCCACAUCGCCGCAUGAAUCCUCCGCGGCUCUUUGACGGCGCUUCCAUAAUCAUGAAGCUUACAGAUGAUCAGCUUCCCAUGCGAGACGAGCCCAUUCUUCAGCCCUUUGGGCAGCCAAGCAUGGAGCACUCCGGGGACCUCAUUCACAUCUACACCAGCGGCACAAACAGCUCAGUGAACCCUGGCACUCCUUUCAAGAGUACUUGCAAGACGGCUCAGUCACCGUUAAAAGGCAUGGGUGGCGAAACAGCAGCCGCAGCAGGCCUCAGUGAGUGUACAUCAGCACGGACGGUUGAGGAGCGAGUGACGCAACUUAUUCGCGUCUCCAUGGACCCGGAGAACCUGGUGGGGACCAUCGACGUCCCGCAUCGUUGGAACCUUUGGGCUCCUCACUGGUAA